CUAGUCGAAAGAUUUGGGCUCAACACACUCUUGGUUCGAGGUGUCAUAGAUACAAGUAGAGCACAGCAAAAAGAGAUCCCUUUGCGAAGCAGUACCGUAGGCACCACCACACAUCUAUAGGAUACAAUGAAGAACUUUCUGUUUCUCUCCUUUCUCUUGGCGGCAAACCAUGGCGCCGAUGCCUGGACCGUUGGACCAAGACCAUCCACCAAGUCAGUUGCCACAAAGACCGAGAAGCCCCAUAAUGGAUGGGUAGCAGCAGCCGCCGCAGCAACACUCACUUUGGCAACCAUCACGACUCCUAUUGCGUCGGCCACUACCGUUGACCAGCCUCUCUCUCUUGACCAACACCCAACCAUGUUGGUGGCUGCUGCUGGAGCCUAUCAAGCUGAAGAAAGCUACAUGUCCACGGAUCUUUCCAUGCCCACAUACAACACUGAGAACUCGGCUGAUUUGAUAAAAGCAGAAAAACCCGUCAAAGAGGCCGCUCCCAAAAAAGCUGCGUCACUUACGAAACAGAAGAAUAGGGCUCCCAGAGCCGGUACAGCCGAAGAAAGCCCUGCUGCUCGGGAGCGUCGUUUGCAGAGAGAAGCCGAAGAAGAUGCUCGUGCUGCUGAAAAGGCUGCCAAAGACGCAGAAAAAGAGGCGAUAGUUGCGGCACGCAAACAGGCUGACUUUGAAAAAGCCGCCGCUGCCAAGCAAGCAAAGUUGGACAAGCAGGCCAAGAGGCUGGAACAACGAGGCAAAGUUGCCACACUAGAAUAAGGUGCACAGCCAGCUGCUAGCUGAGGCCGAGUUUAAAGGCCGCUUGUGAUAAUGGUGGACUUCAACCUGCCUCAAUAGAAGAAAAGAAACCCGGGCAACCUAACAAAAGAGUAGACUGAGAAUCCUUUUAUUUUU